UUCAGCGCCACUCUGCCUAUGCAGCACUGACCGACCCACACUAUUCGGACCUGGCAUUUUGCCAUGGAUGAAACACAGGCAGUCCCUAUGCUCAUUGAGACCACUACCUCAAAGAUACAGCAGCUCGAGAAAGCUUUUGCAGAGCUCGAAGGCCAGAGGGCUGUCUCUUUGAACCUUAAAUGGAAAGCGCUUGAGGAACACUUUCAUGACCUCGAGAGGUCACUCAAGAAGAGGUUUGAAGAGCUCGAAGAGAAGGAGAAGGCCUUUGAAGCGAGAGCUUCGGAGGCAAAGGAAAUGCUUGAAAAGCGAGAAGCAGCUGUCAAUGCAAAAGAAGAAGCUUCAUUAGACCGUGUUCAAGACCAGAGGGAUGCUGCCCUUUCAGCCAUUGAAGAGGCCUUUCAAAAAUGCAGGAAGGAAUCACCAGAACCCAUUAUUGUCGAAUCGAACAAUGGCAUGAUAGAUGCUUCUCCUGAGUCAAAACCCACUGAUUCUAAGGCAUCUGAAGUUGGGUCACCAGGAAUUGAGCCGAGGCCCCAGCUGAAGAAGUUUUGUGAAGAGAUGGAUGCAAAAGGGCUCCAUAAAUUCAUCUCAGAAAAUCGAAAGGCGCUUGCAGCUAUGAGAGAAGAGGUCCCAGCUGCUUUGAAGUGCGCAACUGAUCCAGCCCAAUUGGUAUUAGACUCUUUGGAGGGGUUUUAUGGCUCAGAGCAAUCAGGUCAAGAGGGCAAGAGAGAUAGCAAUCUCUUGGGCCUUCGAAGAACUUGUAUCAUGUUAAUGGAGUCACUUUUUCCCUUAUUGGCUGACAUUGACUCUGGUUCCAUAUCUGAUCAUCCAAUUAUUUUACCAGAGGUUAAAGAAAAAGCAAAGGAGAUUGCAGAGGAAUGGAAGCCAAAGCUUGACGAGCUUGAUAUGGAUGCCAAUGUUGGGAAUUCUUUGGAAGCCCAUGCUUUUUUGCAGCUUCUUGCUACUUUUGGUAUAACUUCUGAGUUCGAUCAGGAUGAGAUUUGUAAGCUGCUUCCCUCUGUUUGUCGUCGUCGUCAAACUCCUGAGUUAUGUCGUGCUCUUGGUUUGUCAGAGAAGAUGCCAGCUGUGAUUGAAGUAUUAAUAAAUGCUGGAAGACAGCUUGAGGCUGUCAAUCUUGCAUAUGCAUUUGAUCUUACCGAACAAUUUGCUCCUGUGCCCUUGCUGAAAACAUACCUGAAAGAAGUACGGAAAUCUUCACAGGGGAGAGGUGGAAGCUCACCUGCUGCUGCCCUAAAUGAAGCUAGUGAGAGAGAAUUGUCUGCUCUCAAGGCCGUGAUCAAGUGCAUCGAGGAACACAAGCUCGAGGAGCAGUACCCCAUCGACCCUCUCCAAAAGCGAAUCGCCCAAUUAGAGAAGGCCAAGGCUGACAAGAGAAGAGCAGUAGAGGCUUCAAAGCCGCAAUCCAAAAGACCUCGAGCUAAUGGAAUAAGCUACGCCCCUCGCCCAACUGUACAAGAAAAGGUAUUCUACAGAGCCCCGGAGAGGUACCCAUAUGGUACAUAUGAUAGGCCUGGUCAGGAUCUAUAUGCCCAAUCUACUCUUCAGAGGCCUUAUCUAUACGCACCUGAGAAUCACGGGUCCCCUUUGUUGGGUACGUUAGGUUCGUAUAAUAUAUCUCCAAACCAUGGUAGCUAUUAUGGGAAUGGCUAUCAGUACCAGUCACCAUAUCUGCAUUAGUUGGGUAAGGCCAUUGGCUUGAUGUGAUUUAGUUUUUUAUUUUAGUGUGGGAAAGAAGGUUUAGGAGAGAUGUUGGAAUUGUUGGGAACCUGGAUUUGGGGGACUGAGGGAUCAGGAGCUCUCUCUCUCUCUAGGUUAUGGAGAGGUUGGAAUAUGGGAUUGGUAGAUCUGGGGGAUCAAGAGCUCUCUCUCUCUCUCUCUCUCUCUCUCUAUGGAUCCUGGGAUUGGCAGUCUUGGGGAAUCAGGAAUCUCUCUCUGGCUCUCUCUCUCUCUGGGCUUGGCCCAAGGGUUUGAGGGUUUGCAAAUGUGCUGUACCUUUGAGAGGAUCAGCAUGUAUUAAUACUAAGUUACUAAUCCCAUGAACAGUUUAGUGUUGUGAGUUGUUACUGUACAUUUUCUUUUUCACUGCCGUAACUGAACCCUGUUGAAAAAUGGGUGUAUCUUUUACCCUUCAUCUCUCUCUCUCGCUCUCUCUCUCUCUCGCCACCCUUGUGGAUCAUGAAAGUCUCUUCUUUCUUAAAGUACAAACUUGGGGGUGACUUCAUGAGCUGUAUCUCUCUCACACUUGGGAUGCGGAGCUUUGUAUGCCUCCAAAUUGAUCUUCCCAAUUUUGUAAUGGAAAAUUAUUUUAAAAACA